CCAACUUUUAACCCCCGCUGGUGUGUUCCCAAGUUGACUUGCUUGACCUCUCUCUCUCUCUCUCUGUGUUAUUUCCGUGAAUCAUGGACAGCCAAAUCGCCGGCGGCGACUACGACUAUCUUUCCGGCUUCGGCAACCACUUCUCCUCUGAGGCGCUCGCCGGAGCUCUCCCGCCGGCGCAGAAUAGUCCUCUCAUCUGCCCCUAUGGCCUCUACGCCGAGCAAAUCUCCGGCACCUCCUUCACCACCCCUCGCAACCGCAACCUCUUCAGUUGGUUUUAUCGGAUCAAACCAUCUGUGACCCAUGAACCGUUCAAGGCUCGGGUUCCUUGUAAUGAGAGAAUUUUGAGUGAGUUCAACCACUCAAACAGUUCAGCUAAUCCAACUCAGCUUAGAUGGAAGCCCAUGGACACACCCCAUUCUCCCACGGAUUUCAUUGAUGGUUUGUCAACCAUUUGUGGUUCUGGCAGCUCCUUCAUGCGCCAUGGUUAUGCUAUUCACAUGUACACUGCCAACAAAUCAAUGGACAAUUGUGCCUUUUGCAAUGCUGAUGGUGACUUCUUGAUAGUUCCUCAACAAGGAAGACUAUUCAUCACUACUGAAUGUGGAAGGCUGAAAGUUUCCCCUGGCGAAAUUGCUAUACUACCUCAAGGUUUUCGAUUUUCUGUGAAUCUGCCUGAUGGCCCAUCCCGUGGUUAUGUUGCUGAAAUUUUUGGUUCUCAUUUUCAACUUCCAGAUUUGGGACCAAUAGGUGCUAAUGGUCUCGCUGCCCCAAGGGAUUUCCUUGUACCCACUGCAUGGUUUGAAGAUAAACCUUAUCCUGGGUACACCAUAGUGCAGAAGUUUGGUGGUGAACUAUUUGCUGCAGUACAAGAUUUCUCUCCUUUCAAUGUUGUUGCUUGGCGUGGUAACUAUGUUCCAUAUAAGUAUGAUCUAAGCAAAUUCUGCCCUUAUAAUACAGUUCUAUUCGAUCAUGGCGAUCCUUCAAUCAAUACUGUGUUGACGGCACCGACUGAUACACCUGGAGUGGCAUUGCUUGAUUUUGUCAUUUUCCCACCCAGAUGGCUGGUUGCUGAGCAUACAUUCCGGCCUCCAUAUUAUCAUCGCAAUUGCAUGAGUGAAUUUAUGGGCCUCAUUCAUGGUGGCUAUGAGGCCAAGGCUGAUGGAUUUCUUCCAGGCGGUGCAAGUCUUCAUAACUGUAUGACUCCCCAUGGUCCUGACACCAAGUCGUAUGAGGCUACCAUUGCACGUGGGAAUGAUGUAGGACCUUCCAAGAUCACUGACACAAUGGCUUUUAUGUUUGAAUCGAGUUUGAUACCCCGUAUCAGUCAAUGGGCCAUAGAAUCACCAUUCUUGGAUCAUGAUUAUUACCAAUGUUGGAUUGGUUUGAGAUCUCAUUUUACAGCGACUGAGACCCGUAAAAGCCCGAUCUUGCACAAUGGACAGUGAGGAGUGAAGGGGGUGUUGCCACACAAAUACAAUUAGCCUGAAAAGUCUUGGUUGGAUAUUGUUGUACAUAAAAUUAAAUAUAAUUAAAAUAAAAUGUAAUAUAGGCGUUAGAAGUGAACUCAACCACAAAUUGGUGGCAAUAAAAAUGGUUUU